AUGGAGGCUGUGACUGGCUCUUGGACCCAAGCGAAUAUAAUCCCUGGCUUAACUUGCCUGUCUGUAUUGUCACAGCAGAAACAAGAACAGUUCGUUCCGCCGAAAACGAUCAAAGCAAUUCUUAACCUGGACAACGCUAUCCAAGUUCUUUAUGAACUAAACGGGCGGCAUUCCAUGACGAGCUUGAUUCUCAGUUUAAUAAGAGGAUGCAUCAAACGAAGUGGGAAGCGAUCAGAUCCAGCUUAUAUCUCGUUCGUCAGCCAGGUAAUCGAACGAUCAAUUUUAAGCGGCGCGGAAACAACUAAAGCUUUAAGCAUUCUUCUCGAAGCAUUCAACGGCCUACGACGACAAAAUUUGGUGGCUGACGGGAUGGGAAAGCAGCUGUCAGAUUUACUUUUACAACUCAACGAAUCAAGAACAUUCGCGCCUUUGCUUCGUGAGGCGGUAAAAGACUCGGGCGUGGACAUAACCGAGCUGGAAAUGAGCCUGGCCACUGUUUUGCAAACAGAUGUGGUGCCAGGGGAGAUUGAAGACGUUGAUAUGGUGGAUUCAACCGAAAUAAGCCAGGUCCAAGAUACCUUUGCCAACACUUUGGACUCGUUAUCCCAAGCGUCAGCAAAAGAGCACUCGUUCCUGCUUGAUAUCCCGUCCCCACUAUUUGGUCAGUUGGCCCAUGCUUUUGUCCAUGGGGCUUCUAUGAGGGACAAGGUGUCAAGAUUUACCAAAUUGCCAGUGUUGCGCCCAGAUAAAGUUGUGGAUGAACCCCUCUAUCUAUCUUUUUUCAUUCGAAUAUUCUCGGGCCCAUAUCCUGCAACCGCUAGGGCUGUGGCCAUUAAUAUCGUGACUUGCCAGGUCGAUGAAAUGGCCAAUAAGUGUGUCGAUAUGCAAGCAAUCCUCCCGUAUGCAAUUGCUAGCCUCGCUGAUCCUUCAGAGAGAGUCCGGAGAGAAGCCGCGAGCCUUUUGGCCGCGAUUGACCGCCAAGCUUCCAAAUUGAAAGAUAUGGAUGUAUCUCAGGUCCAUAGUUGGGGUCGUGGGCAUAUCUACGGUCAAGCGGAACGCACGGGGCCCGUCCAGUGGCUCUCUCCCACGGAUAUUUACAGAGUUACUCACCGUGGGCUAAUACCCGGUUUGGAAGAGUAUGUGUUAGAUCCAGAACACGUUGGCCGAGUGGUGGCUCAAAUGAUUCGAGGAUCCCGGUCUCUAGAGGCAUUGGGAGGGACUAACCCGAAUCUUGCCGAUAUGGAUUUUAAGAAAUCUCUCCGCCGUGAUAUAUUUACUUUCCUUUGCUCGCACAUCAACGGUACGCCACUUUACGGUGUCAAAUUAAGAUUAUUGAAGGCUCUCAAUAAAGUGGGAAAAGCCAGUUCAAUAUAUCGCUCUGAGGCUCUCCGGCAAACAUUUGAUCACUGGCGACUUUUACCUCCAGAAGAUGUCAACCGAAUUGAAGAUGGUGAACAGGUCUCAGCGAAAGAGCUGGAGAAUCAAAUCUUAUUGAUAAUUCAUCCAAAGGAAAAAGAGGCUGUUGAGCUCCUAUUUUCUUCUUUAACUUUAAAUCCAGGAUCUAAUCGACAGUCAUUCUUAGUGGCGGGUUUCAACCGCCUCAAAGAUAUUUGGUCUUCACUCGAAGAGAAUUUUGAGCUAGCCCUAGCCGAUCAACUGUUUGAAAUAUCUUUGGCCCCGUCGCCUCAAAAUAUUUCACUCGCAAAUGCCUCCAGGAGUCUUCUCCGAGCUGUGGAUUUAUCGGGGCCUGUUAUCCUUCAGUUUGUCCAUAAGAUUUCUUCGUGUACAGCAGAUCUAGGGUCUCGGGGCCCGCCCUCAAAGAAGAGGCGGACAAGUCAGAACAACAUGGUGCCGAUGGACUUGAUGGACAAAGAAAUAGAUGAUUUGCUCCAGAAGCUGACUUUUGUUCUCGAGUUGGUUGACGGAUCUCACGCGGAAAAUAACCCGGAACUUAUUCCUGGACUCUUCCAAAUGCUUGCCGCCAUCCACCAUCUGAAGCUACAGACCCGGUCGGAGAUGAGUUAUUUGCUCAGUCUCAACCUUGGUAUUCUGUUAAGUAUCAUAAACAAUUGGAAAGGAACGCCCACUCGAAAGAUCAAUACGUCUGCUAUCAGGGCAGAUUUGAUCAUAGAUUGUGUACGGACUUCAGAAAGUCCACAGGUGCAAAAUACCGCCCUUCUCCUGAUCGCAGGUUUAGCAACGGUCGCUCCGGAACUUGUCCUCCAUAGCGUGAUGCCCGUUUUUACCUUUAUGGGCUCCAGUGUUCUAAGGAAAGACGACGAGUAUUCAGCUCUAGUGAUUGACCAGACUAUUGAUCAAGUCGUUCCCCCGUUAGUGCAAUCGUUACGAAAUCAUAAGAGAGACGUUGUCUCUGGAACAUCGGAGCUGCUUCUCUCUUUCACCACCGCAUUUGAACAUAUCCCUUCGUACCGCCGAUUAAAACUUUUCGAAGCCUUAAUCACAAAAUUGGGCCCCGAAGAUUUCCUCUUCGCAGUAUUUGCUAUGUUCGCAAAUCGGUAUGCUAUGGAUAAAGACGUUUUGGCAGUAAUGACAGCUUUGGCUUCCAACUAUGAAGCUGAACUGCAACUCAUUACAUAUGCGAGGUAUCUUAACUUGGUCAAAGAUGCAUUACAACCCAAGCCCACGUUAGCGAAGACGCUUCUAGGUGUAGGCAACGAGGACGAAAGGGACCCCCAGAAAGUGGCGGUGGACUUGCUUCAAGCACUUUCACAUCUCCUUAAGUUUACCACGCUUCGAACUAAGAUAAUUGAUUGUUUUGAUUCUGGCACCAACGACCAAGUUGAUAAGGUCCACGCACUCUUCUCCAGCAUUUUGGAGCAACUUCUUGCCUUGUCCGAAUCAUUCCGUGCGGUGAAGUCUAUAAACAGCGCCUGUGGAGAAGCCCUGGGUACAUUGUUGGGCACACUGUCCUUGGUGGAUUUCGUCGAUACCAUCGAGGUUUUACUCCGAAGACCGAGUGACGACCUUCGACGGAAAGUCCUGAAGCUCCUUGAGAGCCGCCUAGACUCUAAUAACGAUAGGGACAAGACGUCACAGAUCAGAGUGCUAUCCUUCUUGCCUGUUCUGGUUGGCAUCAUUGAAACAUCUCCAGAUAUCCUGUUAAAACAUGCAGCCGUUGCUUGCAUCGAAAAGAUCGGAGAGAAGUAUGGCAAGAAGGAUCCCCAGCAAGUUGUUGCAGCUGCAAAGGUUAUUUCUGGCGAACACUGCAUCGGACUACCCGAUGGACGGAUCAGGGUGAUGGGACUACUUUGUCUUGCUUCGAUGGCAGAGGUUCUUGGAGAAGCUAUGAUUCCAACACUUCCAGAAGCCCUGCCCCGCUCAUUUGAUUUGUUGCAAAGUGCCCUUGAAAACAGAGGCAACGGUUCGCAGGUUCAUGAUGCGGUCUAUUCGCUAGUUUCUGCACUACUCAUUCAUGUUCCAUGGAUGAUAUCCGGCGACUACCUUGACAGGAUUCUUCAGCUUUCGUUCAAAUCUUCUGGCGCAGACCUGGGAGAAGAGUCCGAUAGUAAUCGCCUCGAAGCACUCCAGCUCCUAGCCAAAAGAGUGGAUGUGAAAGAAGUGUUCAGUGCUGUCGAACGAAAUUGGGAGCCGGCUGUGGAACAAGGCCCGAGCGCUGUUCAAGACGCUCUUGACAUUGUCAAGACCGCGAUUGAGAAGCACGCUAAAUCUGCAACCGUAAAAAACGUUUCUGCUCUUAUGAGCCUAUUAUGCAAGGCUUUCGACUUACGCCGGACUCAGCUAUCCUCCUUGAAAGACGAUGGAUUUGAUGAGGUUGACGUCGAGGAGAUCGAAAACCAAGCGAAUGACGUUGCCAUCAAAAUGAUUUACAAGUUAAAUGACACGGUCUUCCGCCCAAUCUUUAUAGAUUUGACCGAAUGGGCCACGAGUGGGCUGAGCAAAAAUGAUACCACUGGACGUGUGGCGAGAUUAACCACGUUUUACAGAUUUUUAGAGAAAUUCUUUGGCACUCUUAAGUCUAUUGUGACUGGAUACUCGAGUUAUAUUAUUGACAGUGCCGUCGAAGUGCUCAAAUUUGCUCGCUGCAGUGACAAAGCCACGAAGGCGUUGUGGGUCAGUGGCCUGCGUAUGCUUCGUAGUUCGUUCGAGCAUGACCAAGAUGGUAUGGAGCGCCAUUUUGCUAUCGUUUAA